AUGGCUGCUCUGCUAAGAGGAGGAACAAUAGGUCAUGUCAAGGAUACUAAAGUUUGGAUCCGAGAAGAGUAUCGACGAUUGGAGAACGAGUCCUUCUCAACUUUUGUGGAUAAUCUCCCAGAAGACAUAUCAAAGAGAGAACUGUUUCAACUGUUUAGUUGGACUGGAUGCAUAAAUGACAUAUACUUAUCGAGAAAACAAAAGAAUGGGGGUAUAUACAUUUUUGUGUUUAUACGAUACACAACAAAAGGAGGGGCCUUGAAGGCUACAACAGAGAUGAAUCGUAUGAGAUUGAGAGGCAAGGUUAUUUUUGUGGGGAAAGCUAAAUACAAGAGAAGUUCCGAGGUAAAAGACACGAGUAAGAUCCAUCACAGAGGUGAUACUCGAAAUGUUAUGGCUCGUCAAAUGCUACAAGAAAGAGAAGAGACCCAGAAAAUCUCAGCUAUCUCCAAUAAAUAUUUGACGAAGGAGAAAACAGUUCAAGAUCCACAUGGAAAUGGGUGGACAAAGAAGGUGGAAGUGGUUGUCACGAAAGAAAACUUCGUCUAG